AGCGGUCAGUAACCAGCAAUAGCACCACCUUUCACAGAGAAGGUCACAAAGUGCUUUACAAGAAUGCAAAAGGAUGCAAUGAUGCACAUUGACACUCAGACCAAAAGAAAUAGCAGAUACGCUCCAACACAGUGGAUGGCGCUAAUGAGCCGUUUUUCAUAUAAAUCAACAACAAAAAAAAGAAGAGGAGGAAGAAAGAGACCCGGAACAGGAAGUGUGUGUUCACCGGUCCCAUGCGUUGCUGGUUGCCGUUCACCCGCUCAUUCAUUUUUCCUUAACAACAACUUCAGCAACACUCCACUCCUCCUUCUCUCUGCGGCAAACACACACCGUCGUGGGGUUUUUUUUACGUCCAGUUACGAUCUCUCCAGAGAGACGACCAAAGACGAACACGGUCAGGCUGCUUGGCGGACCGAGAGAACCGCGCGGACGCUAUUCUCCAACCCACGAGCAGGUCGAGUGCGAUAUCUGGAUGAAAAGUGCGGUGGACACGAGCAUGAUGAAGGAGAACCGGUGGAACAUCCCCCCCAACGCCCCGGCGUGUAUGGAGAAGCAGCUGUGCUCGGCUCAGUACAGAGCAGAUGGCAGCCUGCUGCUCGGUGCCUCCAGCCUCACUGGCAGGAGCUGGCAGGGAUCAGUGUGGAUCUACAGUGACCCCCAGCAGGCCCCCAAUGAGGGAUUCUGCAAGGCCGGCGUGCAGACUGAGGCUAGUGUCACAGACGUGAAAUGGCUGAAAGAGAAGGGUGUUGUUGUCGCGUCAGACUCAGGUGCCCUGGAGCUGUGGGAGCUGGCGGAGGACGAGGGCCUGCUCGUGAAUCGCUUCACCAAACAGGAGCACGACCACAUCGUCACCACAGUGAGCCCCGUAGCUGGAGGGAGCAGCGCCGUCACUGGCAGCAUGGACUGCAGAAUCAAAGUGUGGGAUCUCAGUGAGGAGACAGUUGUCACUACUUACAACGUGCACACACAGCCGGUCACAUGUGUUGCCUGCAGUCCCACAGACGAGUCUCUCUUCAUCUCAUGUGGUCAAGAUGGCCGUGUGCUGAUGUGGGACAGGAGGAAGCCAAACAAACCUGCAACAAGAAUAGAUGUAGACGCCCCCGGCUGCUCACCUACAACUGUAGCUUGGCACCCCCACCACAGAAGCACCAUUGCUUUUGGUGAUGAGCUGGGUAGAGUGACUGUGAAGGAUUUCCUGGGAACAGAGCCGGGCCGGGUGGAGAACAUUCACAGCCGCAGAGUCAAUGCGCUCGCCUUCUCCACACAUAGUGCCCCCUUGCUUGCUGCGGUUAGUGAUGACUGCUCCCUUGUUGUGUUGAACUCUGAACUGGGAGAAAUACUGAGAGAUCGCAGACACCAGGACUUUGUCAAAGGUGUGUCCUGGCUCCACGGUGGCUCUAACACUCUGACGACCGUAGGUUGGGAUCAUCUUGUGCUUCACCACACGGUGGGUCCUGCUUCCGAAGCUCCAAACUCCGCCUCUUAGACCCCAACAGAUGGUCACACACCUUGGAAGAGCAUGAUUCAAACAUAUUAAACCUGCCCCAUAUUUGCUAGGGGUGUCUCUAAAAAAAGUUGAAUCCAAUAUGUCAGAGAGGAAAGAUGGAUUGAAGUGUUUCAUUGUCAUCCAGCACUUUAGAAAUGUGCAUAAUAUUUGGCCUUUUUGCUCUUCACCUCUCCUGGCCAUGGUGUAUUUCUGCUUUUCUCUCUCUCUCUCGCCACUCCUUUCAUACUGUAAAGCAUUUCCAUUCAUGUGUAAUUACACUUGAGGCAACCCAUUUGUAUUGCAUAAUUUUACAUUAAAGGUAACUUAAUGUUGUGAUA